GUGGAUCUAACAACACCACUGAAACCGGAGCGCUGCCCAAACAUGGAUUAAAAGUACAGUUGUUGUUUCCCAGGGCGCCUGUGUGUCAAAGUGAUGUCUAACACGGCGAGAAGCGGGGAUUUGAUCCACUUGAACGUGGGCGGGAAAAGGUUCAGCACCUCCCGACAGACGCUCACUUGGGUUCCUGACUCCUUUUUUUCCAGUCUUUUGAGCGGCCGGAUCUCCACUUUGAAGGAUGAAACUGGCGCAAUCUUCAUCGACAGGGAUCCCUCUCUGUUCGCGCCCAUCCUCAACUUCUUGCGCACCAAAGAGCUCCACCCACGCUCCGUCAGCGUGCACAUGCUCAUGCACGAGGCCGAGUUCUACGGGAUCACGCCGCUCGUGCGUAAGCUGCAGCUGUGCGACGAGUUGGACCGCUCUUCCUGCGGAAACGUCCUGUUCAACGGCUACCUGCCUCCGCCGGUGUACCCCGCCAAGCGUCGCAAUCGCCACAGCGUGGCGGGGUCACAGUUCACGACGGGUCGAGCCACGCCCGUCAAACGCAGCAACACAAUGCCCCCCAACUUGGGCAACUCUGGGAUGCUGGCCAGAGGGGAGGACAGGGUGACUGGAGGUCCCUCAUCAGAUCCGGGCCUGGUUCGAAUCAUCUGUGGCCAUCAUAACUGGAUCGCGGCGGCGUACUCUCAGUUUGUGGUGUGUUACAGGGUGAAGGAGUCCACCGGGUGGCAGCAGGUCUUCACGUCUCCUCGCCUAGACUGGGUCAUCGACCGGGUGGCGCUCAACGCUAAGGUGAUGAGUGGCUCCCUGGGGGACAACGACAAGAUGGUGGCCGUCGCUUCGGGAACGGAGAUCAUCCUGUGGUCCAUCUGCUCGGAUGGCAACGGGAACGAGAUAGGCGUCUUCAGCCUCAACGUGCCGGUGGAGGCGCUCUUCUUCGUGGGUAACCAGCUGAUCGCCACCAGCCACAUCGGGAAGGUCGGCGUGUGGAAUGCCGUCACCAAACACUGGCAGAACCAGGAUGUGGUUCCCAUCAGCAGCUACGACACGGCGGGAUCCUUCCUCAUCCUGGGAUGCAAUAAUGGAUCCAUCUAUUACAUCGACGUCCAGAAGUUUCCUCUAAGGAUGAAGGACAACGACCUGCUGGUGACAGAACUGUACCGCGACCCGACUAAGGACGCCAUCACUGCACUGAGCGUGUACCUCACCCCUAAAACCAGCGACAGUGGCAACUGGAUCGAAAUCGCUUACGGCACCAGCUCUGGCUCCGUUCGGGUCAUCGUGCAGCACCCGGAGACAGUGGGCUCGGGCCCUCAGCUGUUCCAGACCUUCUCGGUCCACCGGAGCCCCGUCACCAAGAUCAUGUUGUCCGAGAAACAUCUCAUCUCAGUGUGCGCAGACAACAACCACGUACGCACCUGGACCGUGACCCGCUUCAGAGGGAUGAUAUCAACCCAGCCGGGCUCCACGCCACUCACCUCCUUCAAGGUCCUCAGCCUGGACCCCGACGACGCGCACGCAGGCUGCAGUGCCGGCACAGAGAUAGGACCGUACGGGGAGAGAGACGACCAGCAGGUGUUCAUCCAGAGAGUCGUACCAGACACCGACAAACUCUACGUCAGAUUGUCAUCCAACGGCAAAAGGGUGUGUGAAGUGCGCUCGGUGGACGGCACCUCCAUCACAGCCUUUGUGGUCCACGAGUGCGAAGGAUCCAGCCGCAUCGGCUCACGGCAGCGCCGCUACCUGUUCAGCGGCCACGGCAACGGCAGCAUCCAGAUGUGGGACCUGACCACCGCCAUGGAGAUCGCCGGCAAAGUGGACAUCAGAGCACUGGGCGGGCCCACCGAGGAGGAGCUGCUGGAGCUUCUGGACCAGUGUGACCUGGCUCUGACCAGAACUCCUGACAGCACACCUCGAGCCUCCACAUGCAGUCUGCACUCACAGCUCAGUGACGGCGUCAGACCGGAGCGUCUUCACUCUGCAGGAAGAGGAGCCGGAGCGUUGGGUUCAUCCGGGUCGCUAUGCGGGAGUCUUCCUCGCCAAGCCUCGCUCGCCAGGCCCGCUCGCGACCCGCCCUCCUUCGCCUUUUCCGCCUACGGACCGCAGUCCCUCUCCGGCAGCAGCCCUCGCCCCCAUCGCCACCCCGACCGAGACAGGGAAUGGGGGUCCGCUCGCAGGGGAAGCUUCGUGGAGCGUUGCCAGGAGCUCGCCAAGGGUUCCGAGGUGGCGGCGGCGGGAGCGGAGGGAAUGAGGCGGAGUUUGGCCGUGUGCAGCGAGUUAGAAGCCCGCUUUGGUUUCAGGACGCCGACCGCCUUCUCCGUCUUGCCCGGCUCCCGCCCCUCCCCCGGGGUAGCGCCUCCCUCCAUGAUGCCGACACCGUCGCCAUCGUUGCCGCAAUGUAGGCUCACGCCCACCUCCCCCACAAGCCCCGCCUCAGCGUCGUCAAGCCCGACGCGUUCUGAGACGGCCGACUCCGCCCCUUCUCCGUCCGAGGCUCCGACGUCGCCCGAAAGCCCGGACAGUCCGGCCGGCAGCACGGCCGCCAGCCCCAAACCUCAGAUGAACGAAACCAGCUUCUGACUUCCUGGCUGAGAGGGCUGUUGCCAUGGUUACCAACACGUCGCCAAAGCUUCACUUCAAUGGUCGAGGAAAAAAAACGCCUCAAGAGGAGUGAGAAUCUUUUCCUUGUUUUUAGGGUUUGUAACGCUCGUCUUCCGACCCUCUCGGCCUUGGAAGUCGUUAACAAGCGCCAUGAUUGUGACAUUUGUAAAUAAGCUGCGUGUCAAAGUCGCCAUUUUUACGAGCGCGUGAAGCAGAAGACUUUCCUACAAAAAAGUAAGUAAUAGAAGAUAUUUUAAUACAAAUGAAUGAGUUUGCAAAAA